AUGUCAAAUGCUGCUCCAUCAACAGAUUCUCAUUCACCAUCGCCGAAUUCAUCAAAUCCAACAAUAUGUGAAAACGAAGUCGAAUGUACGAAACCAGCACUUGUCACGUGUCACCAUUGCCCAAAGCGAUUAUGUUUGAAGCACGUCCUGGAACACAAUGAAAUCAAUAUCGUUCGAACGUAUUCCUUAUCGGAUGAAAUCAAUUGUUUAACUCAUUUCCUUUCCAAACUCGACUGUCAACAAUCGGUUGACAAUGCUCGGAAGCAUUUAGACACGUGGAAGGAAAAUAUUCUUGCGGACAUCGAGAAUACGUAUCAACAUUAUUCGAAAGAAAUCGAUGAGUUACAAACGGAAUUAAAUCAAAGGGUGGAUAUUUUUAAAGAUAGUCAAAAAUCGAAAAUGUCCAUCUUACAAACACAAUUAGCAGCAUUGCAAAAAGUCGGAGAAAUCUCUCAGCAUCAAUUGUCACCAAUUGAACGCGAUUUAAGCCAACUUCGGCAAUGUUUAGAAUCUGUCCGAUGUGAGAUCUGUGUUGAAACAACGAAUGUCUCUUGUAAUGAUCUGAUCAAUGCAUAUAAUGUCUUCUCCUACAAUCGCAUUUUACCCAAUAAUACUCUCAUGCAAUCGUACCGAACAGUAUCUGUAGAAAAUUGUAAAAAAUUCGUAUCCAGCAAACAGCACGGCUCGAUUUUAUGGCUGGAUAAUCGACGACAGUUACAUUAUAUCGAUCAAAAAUUUCACGAUCAAAUUGUCACACUACCACCUGUUAUGUCUAAUCCACCGACGACUGCCUCAGCUCUAUUACCAUAUCAUCAGACAGGUAUCAAAGAUGUUGAUAUUGUCGAUUUGAAAUGGUGUUCAGGCGCUGAAGUUUUUCUUAUUCUUUUUCAACGUCAUUUAUUUUCGUUUGAACCCAAAACUCAUAAAUUCACCCAAAUUUCCAUCGUCCGACAUAAAGAUUAUCCUUUCCGUUGUUUAACCUGUGCCAAUGAUUCAUCACUUUACAUAUCUUACUGUGUCUUCGGAAUUUGUAUCGAACUAUGGAAAUAUCCAAGUGCUACGAAUGUCAAUGGAGCUGUACGACGUUGGGAUCGGCUGGCUAAUGAUAAAACGGAAUGGGUAUCACAUAUAGAUGCGAACAGUUCAUCGCAAAUUAGUUUGUUGGUUCGAACCGCAUCAUCAGUUCACACACGUUUCGAAAUUCGCGACGAGAAUUUAGCUUUACUAAAGCAAAUUCCAUUAAACGAGGAUUUUGUUGAUAUAUUUUACCCGUUUCGAUCCAAUUAUUGGUAUAUUAAAAGUUCCUCGGGCAAGUAUUAUGUCUAUUCCAUGGAAACUUCGCAAUGUGAAUUAUCCUCAUUCGAGUAUCCAUUCGGGUUACAAGAAUUCGGUAUCAAUUCAAUGAUAAUCGGAAGCAGCUCGAACGAAUUAACCUUAUGUGAUGUUUAA